ACCUCGGAGAGCGCCACCGCCGAGCCCUGGGCGGGGCCGCGGACUGUGGUUCCCUGGGCAUCGCUGGAGUCCGCUGGAACCCCCCAAGGGGGCGCUCGCGAGGAGGUUUCCGAACUAUUAUCUAGCGGGGUUGCUGGGCGCAUGGGUUUCGUCAGAAGGUAGAAAUCUCUGAGAAGCUGCCAUCUCCCCGCCACUGGCGCUCACCUCCGCCUCCCUUCCUCCCUCCCUUCCUUCCUCUCUCGCUCCUCUCCGCUCCCUCCCUCUUUUCCCAGUUCCUUCCUCUUUACUCGCCUAGCCUAGCUGCUUCCCUCCUGGUUUCCAUCCUCCUCCCCCGCCCCCAUCCCCAAGAAUGGAGUCAGGGUUUCCAGAGAGACCAAACUCCCCUUUCAGCACCUUUGCCGUCCGCUGUUGCUAAGCUGGCCUCAGAGGACCAGGAGCGGGGGAAGCCCCACCCUCCUCAGACCUUUCCACAACUACACCCCCCAGGACCUCCACUCCAAAGCCGGAUUUUGCAUCCUGGGGGCGGGGCCGACCUCGUCCCAGGCUGGAUUCUCUUUCUACUCGCGGAGGCUGGCACCCUCAGAAUGAAGAAGAUGAGCAACAUUUAUGAGUCAGCUGCCAACACGCUGGGAAUCUUUAACAGCCCCUGCCUGACCAAAGUCGAGCUGCGUGUGGCAUGCAAAAGCAUUUCUGACAGAGACGCUCUUUCCAAGCCAGACCCCUGUGUCAUCCUCAAGAUGCAGUCCCACGGGCAGUGGUUCGAGGUGGACAGGACAGAGGUGAUCCGCACGUGCAUAAACCCAGUGUACUCAAAACUGUUUACGGUGGAUUUUUACUUUGAAGAGGUCCAACGCCUUCGGUUUGAAGUCCACGACAUCAGCAGCAACCACAACGGGCUGAAGGAGGCCGACUUCCUGGGCGGCAUGGAGUGCACACUUGGCCAGAUCGUAUCUCAGAGAAAGCUGUCCAAGUCCUUGCUGAAGCACGGGAACACGGCGGGAAAGUCCUCCAUCACGGUGAUUGCUGAAGAAUUAUCUGGGAAUGAUGACUACGUGGAACUCGCAUUCAACGCACGGAAAUUGGAUGAUAAGGAUUUCUUCAGUAAAUCUGACCCAUUCCUCGAAAUUUUUCGCAUGAAUGAUGAUGCAACUCAGCAACUUGUGCACCGGACUGAGGUUGUGAUGAAUAACUUAAGCCCAGCCUGGAAGUCGUUCAAAGUAUCGGUAAAUUCUUUAUGCAGUGGAGAUCCAGACCGCAGGCUGAAGUGCAUAGUGUGGGACUGGGACUCCAAUGGCAAGCAUGACUUUAUAGGAGAAUUCACUUCGACGUUCAAGGAGAUGCGAGGCGCAAUGGAAGGGAAACAGGUGCAGUGGGAAUGCAUCAACCCCAAGUACAAAGCUAAGAAGAAGAACUAUAAGAACUCAGGCAUGGUGAUUCUGAAUCUGUGCAAGAUCCACAAAAUGCAUUCCUUCUUGGACUAUAUCAUGGGUGGCUGCCAAAUCCAGUUUACAGUAGCUAUAGAUUUCACUGCCUCUAAUGGAGACCCCAGGAACAGCUGCUCCCUGCAUUAUAUCCACCCCUACCAGCCCAAUGAGUACCUAAAGGCUUUGGUGGCCGUGGGAGAGAUUUGCCAAGACUAUGACAGUGACAAAAUGUUCCCAGCUUUUGGGUUUGGUGCCAGGAUCCCCCCAGAGUACACGGUCUCUCAUGACUUUGCAAUCAACUUUAAUGAAGACAACCCCGAAUGUGCAGGAAUUCAAGGAGUUGUGGAGGCCUACCAGAGCUGUCUUCCUAAGCUCCAGCUCUAUGGACCCACCAACAUUGCCCCCAUCAUUCAGAAGGUUGCCAAGUCAGCAUCAGAGGAGACUAACACCAAGGAAGCAUCGCAAUACUUCAUCCUGCUGAUCCUGACAGAUGGUGUCAUCACAGACAUGGCUGACACUCGGGAGGCCAUCGUCCACGCCUCUCACCUCCCCAUGUCAGUCAUCAUCGUGGGAGUUGGGAACGCGGACUUCAGUGACAUGCAGAUGCUAGAUGGUGAUGAUGGGAUUCUGAGGUCACCCAAGGGAGAGCCUGUCCUUCGUGAUAUCGUCCAGUUUGUACCCUUCAGGAACUUCAAACAUGCAUCCCCCGCUGCCCUUGCAAAGAGUGUGUUGGCAGAAGUCCCAAAUCAAGUCGUGGACUAUUACAAUGGCAAAGGAAUUAAACCAAAAUGUUCAUCGGAAGUGUACGAGUCUUCCAGGGCACUAGCACCGUGAACUCCACACACUUUCAGAGUUCUGAAAUACUACUCCUGCUAAUAUUUACUACUUCUACUCCUGUACUUAAAAAAUAACUAUACACAUUUAAAAAUAGCACGUUUUGGUGAUUUUUAACUGACAAUUUUUUUUGCAUGCGUAGCCCCAAGGCCUGGAUCUGUUAAGCCCUUGUAUUGUUAAAGAAUUUUUACAAAGAAAUACAGAUAAUAACAUACACUUUACAGCAUGUCGCCUUGAAAUAAAAUGGCAUAUGUAUCCAUUUUUAUACAGGUUUGUUGAAAUUUUGCUAAAUUUCUUAUUAUCUUUACACUGUAAAGCAUUUUGAAACAUUUCUUGAAUGUCGAUAGCCAAAACAUAUUUGGUUUUAUCUGCUAUAGGAUGAGAGACUUUUCAAAAUGGCAGAUGCAUGGACUGUAUUUUGCAUGUUUAAAAUAA